UUAUAGCCCCAUCACCACAAAGGUGCGUUUAAAUGUUUCUAAAGAACUUAUUAACCCGAUGGUCUAAGAACUUGUUGAGACUAAGACAAGACUUAUACCUACAUCACACCUACCUAUAUUACCCCUACAUCAACCUACACUUACCUACACUUAUCUAUAUCCAACCUACAUUGCCUUACAUUGCCUUACGUCGCCUUACAUAUUUUACCCAUUAACCUACCUCUUGAAACAAUAUCCCGCUUCCAACCCUUCCAACCAACAGCAUGCGAGACCUCUACCUCUAGGCAACAUCUAUGUGACUUGAUUGUCAGCAUCUGACUCGAGCCAACCUGACCUGACCUAACCUAACUUUUUUUUUCGCAUUUAAUAGGGUAAUGCCAGAAGUUCCCGAGAACAUGCAACAAGGCCUUCAACGCAUGGAACUAGAAGCUCGAUCAGUAGAACCGAGAAAUUCAUCGUCGCGAGCACCCGGAUCCGGUUUUGGGCACACUCGCGAACCGUCAUUGUCCACCGUGCUAAACACCAGAGUUAAUAGCUUUGGGCAGCAAUACCAACAAGACCAUAACCCCGCCACUGAUUAUAGUCCCGCAUCCAAUUUCAGCCCGUUCCAGGAAAAACAGGACCGCGCUCCUCAGUUCGAAAGCGACCUUAGAGAUAUGCGCGAAUUACCUUCUUUUUCGCCUUUCCCCAAGGUUCAAGGGGAGCACAUUCCUCCCAGUGACGAGGAGAAGGAGGCGGUACUAGCCGAGAGCCGCCACCAUGUUCUCCAUUCCAACGAUCCCAACAUGCAGAUUUGCUGGGCCCGCGACGUCCUGUCCUACGUCGAGAUAGCUGCCGAGAAUGCCAUUCGUGAAGAGGAGGCCACGCGCAACCCGAAUGACCGAGAGCUACCAAUAAGGACUGCGACGCCCAAGAUUGAACACGAGCUGCGCAUCGACGCUGUUAACAUAAUUAGCUACCUGGCAGACCAAGGACAUCCUGAAGCUUUAUUUAUUAGAGGCAAAUGGCUGGAAUUUGGUAAAUUCGGUAAGCGACAGGAUAAGAAAGAGGCCUACACUUGCUACUCAAAUGCUGCCAAGUCGGGAUGGGGCCGCGCCGACUAUCGCAUCGGUAUGCUGUACGAGAACUCCAACGAUAUGGACAAAGCUUUGCAGCAUUAUCAGCUUGGCCUAUCUGUCAACGAUUCCGCCGCUUCUUAUCGCCUGGGUAUGAUCAACCUCUUGGGCCAACGUGGCCAACCCAAAGAUAUCGUAAGAGGUUUAGACUUGAUCCAUACUGCCGCUGAUACGGCCGACGAAGAUGCUCCCCAGGGCGCUUUUGUGUACGGCAUGUUAAUUGCAAGAGAUCUCCCGGAUAUUGCCAUCCCCGAUGGUAUUUUACAGUUCGACGUCGGUAUUGCCCGACAAUAUAUCGAAAAGGCUGCCUAUCUCGGGUUUGCUAAGGCUCAGCUGAAGAUGGGACAGGCUUACGAAUUGUGUCAACUCGGAUGCGAUUUCAAUCCGGCGUUGUCACUACAUUAUUAUGGUUUAGCUGCCAGACAGGGUCAACCCGAGGCGUGUCUUGGUGUUAGCAGAUGGUUCCUGUUUGGCUAUGAAGGCUCAUUUGCGAAGAAUGAAGCGCUUGCCUUCAAGUACGCUCAGCUAGCUGCUAAAGCAAAGCUACCAACCGGAGAGUUUGCUUUAGGCUACUACUACGAAAUCGGAAUAUCAGUCGAAAAGGAUCUGCGAGAAGCUCGAAGGUGGUACGAAUUAGCAGCGGAGCAUGGUAACAAGGACGCCGUAGAGCGAUUAGAAAGUCUGUCACAAUCUAAGACGUUGUCGAAGAAGGACCACGAGACGACGGCCUUAACUCGAAUUAAGUCGAAGCAUGGCUCGCAAAGGGGUCAAAGGCCCGAGAGAUUCAAGCAACCUAAUAACCCGAUGCCGGCGCUGUCGGAAGACCAAAAUUCGCCCAGGGCGUCGCCUCACCCAUCGCCUAGAGUGCAAAACUUCAACCACACAGAUAUGCCCGACCCAUCCCGACUUGCUAUUAGCGGUGGUAAUCGACCUCCUGCUUUUACUGUUAACCUCUCUGAUCAACAGGCAUCAGCAACCCCGUAUCCAGAAGAUGACAGGCCUCCGGCCUUAUCCGUACGACCAAAGCCAGCUGCUGUACCUUAUCCCGAAGAUGAUGUGGGCGGGAAGCCGCAACUUGCUCCUCUUUACGGUUCAGGUAGUCGAACGCCAACCGGCCCUAUUGCGGAUCGACCGGGGAGUUCCUUUGGGAUCCGCACGGGAUCACCCGGCAACGGUGGUAUGCGCCCAUCCUACUCAGCAGGCCAAUUGCCUAUCCCCCCAGCUGGUAUGGACCCUAACCGUGGUCGCCCAGUUUCCGCUACCUGGGGUCCGCAAGGUCAGCAAGGUCAGCAAGGUCCGCAAGGUCCAGCCGGCUACAGCCCUGGAAUGGACCCAAGAGCUCGCCCCACCACAGGGCAAUUCGAUCAACGACCACCGGCCGGGUAUGAUCCACGACUUGGACCCAACCGACCCACGAAACAGGGACCUCCCCCCGGGCAAUACCCAGCCGGUUAUGGCCCGAGAGAAUCAUCUAUGCAGGCACCUCAUGCUCCUGGUCCCCGGACCGCUACUGCUCCUUACGACCAUAGCGGUCGCGGAUCAGGCCCUUCCUCUCCAACUAUGAGCGGCGGUCUUGGACCUCGUAACAGUUCCAUGCCAGGAGGGGUACCUCAAGGGGGUUCUGGUGGUCAGAGAAUACCAAGUGGCGGCCGAGGAGGCGGUGCGCCGUUGCACGACUACGGUCGUUCAAGUGCCCCACCCCAACAGGCACAAGCCAGGCCCCCAUUGUCAAGCCCACCACCGACUUCUGGCACUCCCAGCUCAGUGGCGUCCGCGCCAGUUUCCAAACCCCCGCCCAAGGUUAGUCAAGGACCUGCUACUUUCGAGGCGAUGGGUAUUCCCCAAGUGAAGCAGAGCGAUGACUGCGUUGUUAUGUAACGGGUCAGGCAUAUUGUAUUGGGCAUAAACUGGGUACGGCUUUCUCACUUCUUAUCAUGAUACCACUUCUGUUGAGAUGCCGACAAACCUUUUUACCUUAGUCAUCAAAGCGGCGGAGUGUAAGAGCGUAGCUGGACUGGAUUAAGUUGUGUAAAGGAGCUGCAUAGUAGGUAGGUAGACGCGGGAUGUCGACGCCGAAGAUUUCUUGCAUGGUAGAUCAUGGCGUUUAUUUGAAGGAGGGCCCUAUAGAUAGAUGGAUAGGCAAAUUUACAUCUGUACGGUCUUGGGUGGGGGAUUAAUCCCUGGUAAAUAUAGCCGUAUACAGGUUCAUCUACAAAUACUUAUCCAAUGAUGGAUCUGUGUUGUGAAUCUUGUAAUUGAGUCGCUGCUGUUGCUCGUGAAAACAUGUAUUGCAUGCUCAAUAGUGGAGGAUAGGGUAUGAAUAAAGGAGCAC